AUGGCAGAAACCGCAGCGAUAGCACCACCACCACAACCAAUGGCACCACCGCAACCAGUGGAGGAAAACGCAACGGCGGCACCGUCACAACCAAUGGCACCACUGCAACCAAUGGCGGAAAGCGCAACUGUCGUUGUGGUGGUGCCACCACCACCGCCAGACGGCACCACGACAUUCCUCUGCCUCAUCCUCGCCUUCUUCAUCCCUCCCCUCGGCGUUUUCCUCAAGUACAAAUGUGAGAUUGAAUUCUGGAUCUGCCUCAUCCUAACAUUCUUGGCCUACGCGCCGGGCAUCAUCUACGCCGUCUGGGUGAUCGUGAAGUAG